AUGCGUCUUGUCUUUGAUCUAGGAUUACAUAUCGAUAUGUCGCCUUACGUCGCGAAUGAAUCCAUCAGCGAGGCUGAGGCUGACGUGCGCCGUAUGGUGUUCUGGGGUGCUUACACAUUGGAUCACCACUUGGGCAUCCUUCUCGGACGCCCGUUCAGGAUUAAUGUUGAAGAUGUCACUGUCCAGAAACCGGGUGUUGAUAUCAUACAGGAUCAGGAUCAGGCCGAUCGCUGGUAUCCAUAUAGACUGCCAUAUUUUACCGCAUUUCCCCCUUGGUCUGUCAAUAGCAAACUCGGCUUCCUCGCUGAGCCUGCAUCGCAUAAUGCUUUGUGA